ACUUCUUGAAUUACUUACAAUAAAAGCAGCAUUUUCUGAUUAUUGGUUUUAUUAUUAAUGAGUUAACAUAUUUAUAAAAUGACUGAGGUUCAGUUGCAAGAAUUUAAGUUAGAACCAGAUUCCGAAUUAAGGUUUGAGGUUGAGUCCAAAAACGAGAAAGUUGUUUUGGAGGUUAAAAGUGGUUAUGCAGAGUUGUUCGGGACGGAGCUCGUAAAAGCCAAGCCAUAUGAAUUCCACACUGGAGCAAAAGUAGCAGUUUUUACGUGGCACGGAUGCACCGUCGAGCUGCGCGGUCGGACCGAAGUUAGCUAUGUAGCUAAGGAAACUCCAAUGGUAGUAUAUUUGAAUGUUCAUGCAGCAUUAGAACAACAAAGGGUUGCUGCUGAGCAGGAGAAUACCAGAGGACCCGUAACUAUGGUAGUUGGACCGGGUGAUGUUGGCAAGUCUACCUUAACAAAAAUCCUUCUCAACUAUGCAGUCAGGAUGGGCAGAAGACCUAUAUUUGUGGACCUGGAUGUGGGACAAGGACACAUAAGUGUUCCUGGAACAAUUGGUGCAUUAUUAGUUGAGCGACCAGCAUCAAUAGAGGAAGGUUUUAGUCAGCAGGCACCUUUGGUGUACCACUUUGGGCAUACUUCACCCAAUGAUAACUUAGAGCUCUACAACACUAUUGUUUCAAGGCUAGCAGAAGUUAUUACUGAGAGGUGUGAGAAUAACAAAAAAGCUUCCUCAUCAGGUGUGAUAAUAAAUACAUGUGGUUGGAUCAAGGGUGCAGGGUACAAAGUGUUGACGCAUGCUGCACAGGCAUUUGAGGUAGAUGUUAUUUUAGUGCUGGAUAAUGAAAGACUAUACAAUGAACUCAAACGAGACAUGCCUAAGUUUGUCAAAGUUGUGUAUUUACCAAAGAGUGGAGGGGUUGUUGAGAGGUCGUCAACGCAGCGAGCCGAGGCGCGUGACUCGAGAAUAAGGGAAUACUUUUACGGCAAAAGAACACCCUACUAUCCACAUUCAUUUGAUGUUAAAUUCAGUGACCUGAAAAUCUAUAAGGUGGGCGCCCCGUCCCUGCCGGACUCGUGUUUGCCGCUGGGCAUGCGUGCGGCGGACGCGCUCACGCGGCUGGUGGCGGUGCCGCCGUCCGCCGCGCUCGCGCACCGCCUGCUCGCCGUGUCCUUCGCCCCCGCACCAGACGACCACGUCCUGCACUGUAAUCUCGCCGGAUUUGUUUGCGUCACGUCAGUGGACACGGAGCGACAGACGCUGACGGUGCUGUCGCCGCAGCCGCGACCGCUGCCGGCGACAGUGCUGCUGCUGUCCGACCUCCAGUAUAUGGACAACCACUAGUCCUGUCUACCGUCUAGGCGUCUGCCGCCCAUUGAGCAUGCUCGUGGUGUGUUGAACCUUACACUAACGGCCGUAUCAUUAGUCCUCGAGAUUGUCGUUGAUAUGUCGUUUGUUCAAUAAAAGGUCAUUUUCGAGGAUUAAGGUUGAGUCAAGUGGAAACAAUCUCAAGAAAACGACUAAUGAUAGGGGCGUAACUCUCUUACUAAUUAAAUUAUUAACGAAAGACGAACGGCAACGUCGACAAGUAUCGUUCGUCUGUGUAACUAUAAAGUAUGAACACUAAGCGGAUACGCUAUGCAAUGUUUUGUCCUUCUUUGAUACAUUGAAAAAUUUACUUGAAACAUGGUACACACAUUGUAUAAGCUCAUUCACUCUGUAUCUUUUUUAUCAGUAAGGAGGUUAGAACCUGGGUUUUACUAGAUAAACUGCUAGAUUUUAGUAAAGUAAAUGGCUGUCACCGAAAAAAGUUAUUUCGAAUCUAUAAUAGGUAUGUAAUAAGUACAAAAGCCAUUAAAUUGUUUGAAGAUUGCCAUUUGCCACUGGUUUUCUAUCGGUUGCUCUUUUGCAAUUGCGCAUCAAAAAAAAAAGCAAUUGCAAGUUGCAGAGAGAUAUCACAAA